AUGUCUAGACGAAGAGCAACUGAAGAAACAGAUAAAUUAACUAGGAUAGCAAUCGUUAACGCUGAUAAGUGUAAGCCCAAACGAUGCCGGCAGGAAUGCAAGAAGUCAUGUCCAGUUGUUAGGAUGGGAAAGCUCUGCAUAGAAGUUAGUCCUAAUAGUAAAAUAGCUUCUAUUUCGGAAGAAUUGUGCAUAGGAUGUGGUAUAUGUGUCAAAAAAUGUCCUUUUGAAGCUAUUACAAUUAUAAAUUUACCUAGUAAUUUGGAAAGAGACACUACUCAUAGAUAUGGCAAGAACUCCUUUAAGUUACAUCGAUUGCCAAUUCCAAGACCUGGAGAAGUCCUAGGAUUAGUGGGGACCAAUGGUAUAGGAAAGUCAACUGCUCUGAAGAUUUUAGCAGGAAAACAGAAACCUAAUUUGGGUCGUUUUCAGGAUCCCCCUGACUGGACAGAAAUUCUGAACCAUUUCCGUGGCUCUGAGUUGCAAAACUAUUUUACCAAAAUUUUAGAGGAUGACUUGAAAGCAUUGAUAAAACCACAGUAUGUUGAUCAGAUACCUAAGGCUGUGAAAGGGACAGUAACACAACUUUUGAACAAGAAAUCUGAAAUGAAUAAUCUGGAAGAUAUUUGUGAUAUGCUUGAUCUAAAGAACAUCACAGAUCGUGAAAUUUCUGCUUUAUCUGGAGGGGAACUGCAAAGAUUUGCUUGUGCAAUGGUAUGCAUUCAAAAUGGUGACAUUUUUAUGUUUGAUGAGCCUUCAUCUUAUCUUGAUGUUAAGCAAAGGUUGAAUGCUGCCAGGACUAUUAGAUCAUUGCUUCACCCUGAUAAAUUUAUUAUUGUUGUUGAACACGACUUGAGUGUUCUUGAUUACUUAUCAGACUUUAUUUGCUGUUUAUAUGGGGUACCAGGUGCUUAUGGAGUUGUUACUAUGCCUUUCUCUGUUCGUGAAGGUAUCAAUAUAUUUUUGGAUGGCUUCGUUCCGACAGAAAAUUUAAGAUUUAGAGACGAAUCUUUGGUAUUUAAGGUGUCAGACUCUGCAGCAGAGGAGGAAGUGAAACGUAUAAGCCACUAUGAGUAUCCUGCAAUGGUUAAAACGAUGGGCUCGUUUAGAUUACAGGUGGAAAAGGGCCAGUUCUCUGAUUCCGAAAUUUUAGUUUUAUUAGGAGAAAAUGGUACUGGGAAAACUACUUUUAUUAGAAUGUUAGCAGGAAAUUUGCAACCAGAUGAUGGUUCAGGGGAAUUGCCACAACUACAUAUAAGUUACAAACCUCAGAAGAUAAGUCCAAAGUCCCAGGGGCUUGUUCAGCAGUUGCUUCACGAAAAAAUUCGAGAUGCUUAUGUUCAUCCUCAGUUUAUCACUGAUGUGAUGAAACCUCUGCGAAUAGAUGACAUAAUGGAUCAGGAGGUGCAAAAUUUAUCUGGUGGUGAGCUCCAGAGAGUAGCCAUGGUGUUGUGUUUGGGUAAACCAGCUGAUGUUUACCUUGUUGAUGAGCCAAGUGCUUAUUUGGAUUCUGAACAACGUCUUGUUGCUGCCAAAGUAAUAAAAAGAUUUAUUUUACAUGCGAAAAAGACGGGUUUCGUGGUGGAACACGACUUUAUAAUGGCAACUUACUUGGCGGACCGUGUUAUCGUUUUCGAGGGUACACCGUCGGUCAAUACCAUUGCCCAUACCCCCCAAACGUUACUAGCGGGCAUGAAUAAAUUCCUGGAGUUGCUGGGAAUCACUUUUCGAAGGGAUCCGAACAACUUCAGACCGAGAAUCAACAAACUCGAAUCCGUCAAAGAUGUUGAACAAAAACGGUCAGGAAAUUAUUUCUUCUUGGAGGAGUAAAUUGCUUGUUUUUGUUCUUUAAAUUAAAUAAAUAUUUGGAAGGAUAAACGAGAUAUAACAACAACAACAACGUGCAGUAUAUAAUUGUAAUUUGGAGACGUGUCUUUUAUUUAUAUAUACAUAUAUAUAAAAAAAUAAAGUUUUGCAUGUUUU